AAAAAAAAAUCUCCCUCAUUCUUAAUCCUAAUCGGUUUUUCGUCGAGCCGCUUUGAUUUCCUCCCAUUCCAUUCGACUUCGUGUUAUUCAAAGCUCUACUGAUUCUCUUCUCUCUCGAAAUUCCUCAUCCGCGAUCUGAUUUCCCCGGAAAGAUCUGACAAUUGCUGUUUCUGCUGUCUGGAUUUCAGAUUAUCAGAUCGCACCGCCAUUUCUCUUCCACUUCCGCUUCGUCGCCGUCGUCGUCGUCGUCGUUGACUUUGGUUAGGGAUUGUUCUUGCAACUUGCAGACUAGUGUUCCUUAGUUGGUGGUAGACUGUCGAGAUGUUAGGAGCAGGUGUUCGGUUUGGUUGCGUUAGAGGUGAGGACCGGUUUUACGAUUCAUCGAGAGCCAGGAAGGGCCUUCUCAGCCGUCAAAAUGAUAGGCUCUGUAGACCUCAAGAACACGCUUCAGCUACUCCAUCUUGCGCGGUUAAGGAUGUUUCCGUGCAGUAUCCGAUUACAGAGGCUGGGGACCGUGUCGUCUCUGAUGAAGCUACUAAACCAGUUCCCCAGCCGGCUGUUUCUCCGUUAAGUAAUCUCGAGCGCUUCUUGCAGUCGGUUACUCCUUCUGUGCCUGCUCAGUUUCUCUCUAAGAGUGCGUUGAGAGGUUGGAAGACGAGCGAUUCGGAGAGGCAGCCUUACUUUGUGCUUGGUGAUUUGUGGGAAACUUUCAAGGAGUGGAGCGCUUAUGGCGCUGGAGUGCCUCUGUUAUUGAAUAACACUGAUGGUGUGGUUCAGUAUUAUGUCCCGUAUUUGUCUGGCAUACAAUUGUAUGGCACGGAAUCGUCUACAAAGCCAAGGCAAUGGGGUGAGGAAACUGAUAGUGACUACAGAGAUUCAAGUAGUGAUGGUAGUAGUGAUUCUGAAACAAAGAGAAGAAUAAAACACUGUAGAGAACCACCCCACCAUAAUGAUCCGUCUAUCACAGCUCCUCUUAGAAUGGAUAGAUUGUCUUUGAGGGACCAGCAUUUGGGACGUCUCGAGGACUGCUCCAGCGAUGAGGCUGAAUCUUGCAAUUCUCAAGGUUGCCUUCUAUUUGAGUAUCUUGAAAGAGACCUACCGUAUUCACGCGAACCUUUGGCAGACAAGAUAUCGGACCUUGCCUCUCGUUUCCCUCAGCUGAAAACAUUGAGAAGCUGUGACCUACUACCAUGUAGUUGGAUAUCUGUGGCAUGGUACCCAAUUUACAGGAUACCAACUGGGCAAACAUUAAAGGAUCUUGAUGCUUGCUUUCUCACAUACCAUUCUCUACAUACUACAAUGGGAGGCCUUCAAAGCCCUCAAUUGCCAUUUGUGGCAUAUCCUUGUAAGACGGAUGCCAAAAAAGUUCCUUUAAGAAUUUUUGGACUUGCUUCAUACAAGUUUAAAGGGUCAUCAUUGUGGAUGCGAAAUGGUGGAGUUGAGCAUCAAUUGGCAAACAAGCUCUCGCGGGAAGCUGAUAAGUGGUUAAGAGAACUCCAGGUCAAUCACCCAGAUUUCGUAUUCUUCAGCCGACGAGAUUUAGCACCUUACUGAUACGAUACUCUUACAAACUAGAAAACGAAAGUCGACAAGUCGUGGCCCUACAAAAGAACCCCGUAAUUAGUUGGAUUAAGCUGUAUGCCUGUUGAAGGAGUGGUACACUCGUUUGCUUUCGUCAAGGUGGGGGAUUGAAGGAAGGUUAAGGAAUGUGAUAGGUUGCAAAAUACUGAAGCUUUAGUUGGUUGUUGGUGUGCCGUGCCUGAUGUAUUAACAAAGACCGAUAGAAAGUGAAGUCUAAAGAUGUAAGAAGAGAACAUAGCUGUAAGACUCGCUGGUUUAGCAAGGUAGAUGCUGGUUCGACAUGUAUCCAAUAAGCAUGUGUUCUUCUUUGCUUUCACCUUUUAGUUUAUGUAUCCAUAGAAGAGCCAUCAUUUGAGAAAUCAGGCCUUCCUUAAUCCCUCCGACUGACGGUCCUAAUUUUGUUAGAAUGUAAUGUUACUUAAGAGGAUUUAGCACCUCACUGGUUUUAUUCAGGCAUUGAACUGUACUGCAGGAGUUUCCUUGACCAUGAACAGAUUAUAACGAUUAGAAAUGUAUAUGGAAAGCGUAGAAUACGCCCUGAACUUGAGUAUC